UGUGCUGCAGCAGGGUGUUUGUUUGUGGAGUCUCGGUUCGUCUCACGGUGAUAAACAGCGAUGUGACCGAAAUGACACCGUGGCUGUUGUCUCUUCGGUGAAAGACAGGCAGCAUAUGGACAUAAACAGCGAGGAUGAAGACAUUGUGAAAGUCCAGUGUGGAGCACAGAGGAGCUGGAGGCCACAGAGGAGGGGCCCCAGCCACUGUCACAGCGCAGCUAGAGCCUCUGCUACGUAGAUGGAGCGGCUCCACUGGGUGCAGCAUCGCUGUCGGCAGCUGCUGGCGGGAAACUCCGGGAGAGGCUGGUACUCCGCCCCCGAUGGCCUGCCCAACAAAGCCUCCCUUGACACCCACAACUCUCCACAGAGAGCCAGUGGGAAGCGGAGAACUGUGUUUGCCCGCCAUGGGCCCCACCAACAGGAGCAUGAAGCUGUCUCCAAGAGCUACAAGGGAAACGCCAUCCGCACCACCAAGUACAGCUUGCUGACUUUCAUUCCCAUGAACCUGUUCCAGCAGUUCCACAGGGCUGCCAACCUCUACUUCCUGUUCCUUGUGUUACUGAACUGGGUGCCAGUUGUUGAGGCCUUUCAAAAGGAGAUAACCAUGAUUCCUUUGUUGGUGGUUCUCAUUGUUAUCGCCAUCAAGGAUGCCCUGGAAGACUACAGACGCUACUUGUUCGACAAGAAAGUCAACAACAAUGUAGUGCGAGUUUUCUGUGGCAAGCAGAAAGCCUACAUUGACCAGUGCUGGAAGGAUGUACGAGUUGGAGACUUUGUCCGUCUGUCCUGUAAUGAAAUCAUCCCAGCUGACAUGCUGCUGCUGUAUUCCUCUGACCCGCGAGGGGUUUGUUACAUUGAGACCGCCAACCUGGAUGGAGAGACCAACCUGAAACAGAGACAGGUGGUUUCAGAUCUCCCACUGCAGGGAGCAGAGUUCAACUUCGAGAGCUUCCACAGUCGUAUUGAGUGUGAGAACCCUAACAAUGACCUCAGCAGGUUCAGAGGUUACAUGGAGCACCCCAAUGGGGGUCGUGUCGGCCUCCAUAACAGCAACCUCCUGUUAAGGAGCUGCACCAUCCGCAACACUGAGACUGUGGUGGGCAUUGUGGUCUAUGCUGGUCAUGAGACUAAAGCCAUGAUGAACAACAGCGGGCCGAGGUAUAAGCGCAGCCAGCUCGAGAAGCAUCUAAACACAGAUGUCCUGUGGUGUGUGCUGCUGCUCAUCAUCAUGUGCCUGACAGCUGCUAUAGGUCAUGGCCUCUGGCUAAAGAACCUCAAAAAUCCCAUCUUUCUGGUUGAUACCGAGACGUCUCCUGCCCUGGCCGGAUUCUACGUCUUCUGGACCAUGAUCAUUGUGCUACAGGUGCUGAUCCCCAUUUCUCUGUACGUGUCCAUUGAGAUUGUGAAACUGGGCCAGAUUUACUUCAUCCACAAUGACUUAGCUCUGUACAACAAGCAGCUGGACUCCAGAAUUCAGUGUCGGGCCCUCAACAUCACAGAGGACCUGGGUCAGAUCCAGUACCUGUUCUCUGAUAAGACGGGGACGCUGACAGAGAACAAGAUGGUGUUCCGCCGCUGCAGUAUCUACGGGGUCGAAUAUCCUCAUGAAGAAAAUGCUCGGAGGCUGGAGGUGUAUGAGGCGGAGAAGAACGAGGUGGCUGGACACUCUGUGACUCUGAAGUCGGGCUGCAGCGGCAAAUCUCUGAGCUGUCGCUCUCUCAGCUGCAAACACAGCUCUGUAUCUCUGCACACACUCACAGCAGAGUCAGAGGAGGAGGAAGAGCAACUGUCUAAUCACAUCCAGCCCAGGACCAGCGCCUUCUGCAGUCGCGUGGCGAAGGAGGUGGUGCCGGACCCUGAGCUGGUGAGGAAGUUGAACUGGUUGAGCUCUCCUGUGCUGGCUUUGAGUGACGGCUCCUCUGGGACUCCAUCCAGCCUGGAGCUCACCUACAUCACUGACUUCUUCCUGGCUUUGGCCAUCUGCAAUAGCGUGGUGGUCUCCUCACCCAGCCAGCCUCGACAUGUGGUGCCUGAAAGCACAAACUCCUCUGAAGUCCCUGGAGGACAUCAAGCUGAUGUUCCAGCGCCUCAGCUUCUCUCCGUUCUCCGCCCUCUCCACCCUGUCUCCUCCCCAGAUCAAAGGCAGCCCUCGCAGCUUCACCAGCAGGCUGUUUGCCCGGGGGAAGACCGGCUCUUCAACUUCUCCACGCCCAGUAACAGCACCACCGACACCUCAGAGCCAGGCAAAGAAACCAGCCUGGAAACCUCCAACAUUACUAGAGAAGUGGACAGUGACAGUGACACUGAUGAUGAACUGCUGUAUGAGGCAGAGAGUCCAGACGAGGCGGCUCUGGUCCACGCAGCCCAGGCGUACCACUGCACCCUCAGGGCACGCUCUCCAGAAAGCCUGCUGGUGGACCUGCCGGGAUCGUCUCUGGCUGUCCAGCUCCUCCACAUCCUGCCCUUUGACUCCAACAGGAAGAAGAUGUCUGUGGUGGUCCGCCACCCACUCACAGGACAGGUGGUGGUUUACACCAAGGGAGCAGACUGCAUCAUGGACCUGACGGAGACACCUAAAGGUGCAGAGCAGGCUCAGGAGAUCUACAGCCACAUCAGAGAGCAAACCCAAAAACAUUUAGACGGCUAUGCCAGAGAAGGCCUCCGCACGCUCUGCAUCGCUAAAAAGGUUCUGGAGGAGGAGGACUAUGAGGUGUGGAUGAAGGAACAGCUGCUGGCAGAGAGCAGCAUAGAGAACAGGGAGGAGCUGCUGCUGCAGUCAGCUGAGAGACUGGAGACAGACCUCACCCUGCUGGGCACCACGGGGAUUGUAGACAGACUGCAGGAGGAGGUCCCAGAGACCAUUGAAGCUCUUCAGAGGGCCGGGAUCAAAGUCUGGAUCCUCACUGGAGAUAAAAAAGAGACAGCCAUCAACAUCGCCUACGCCUGCAAACUGCUCUGUCCUAACGACCAGCUGCUGACAGCCAACUGUGGAAGCAAGGAUGCGUGUGCAGCUUUACUGGAGGAGCUCAAAGUGGAAGUGCAGCGAGGCGAAGACAGUUUGACUGAGCUAACUGCAGCAGAGAAUCCUGGGGAAUCGUCGUCAGCCAGCAGAGCGGGCUUCAUCCUGGUUAUAGAUGGCCGGACGCUGGACUGGGCCCUGCAGGAGGAGCUGAAAAGCCACUUCCUGGAGCUGAGCUGUAGAUGCAAAGCAGUCAUCUGCUGCAGGUCCACGCCACUGCAGAAGAGCCAGGUGGUCCACCUGAUCCGGAACCAGCUCGGCGUCAUGACCCUGGCCGUGGGUGAUGGGGCCAAUGAUGUGAGCAUGAUUCAGGUGGCUGAUGUAGGCAUCGGGAUAUCUGGUCAGGAGGGCAUGCAGGCUGUGAUGUCCAGUGACUUUGCGAUCUCCAGGUUUAAACACCUCAGUCGGCUGCUGCUGGUCCACGGUCACUGGUGUUACUCUCGUCUCGCAAACAUGAUCCUCUACUUCAUCUACAAGAAUGUGAUGUAUGUGAAUCUGCUGUUCUGGUAUCAGUUCUUCUGUGGUUUCUCUGGGAGCGUCAUGAGCAACGCCUGGGUGCUCAUCCUCUUUAACCUGAUCUUCACCUCCGUCCCUCCACUCAUCUACGGCGUCCUGGAUCAAGACACGCCCACAGACACCCUGAUGGAGCUGCCAGAGCUCUAUCAGACCUCCAAGGUCCAUGCUCCCUACUUGUUCUGGAUCACAGUCCUUGAUGCGUUUUACCAAAGUCUCGUCUGCUUCUUCGUGCCUUACUUUGCGUUUGCAGGAUCCAGCAUCAGCGAGCUGUCCUUUGGCUCUUCAAUCAACGCCUCAGCUCUUCUUAUCAUCCUGCUGCACCAAGUCAUCGAGAGUCACACUCUGACGUGGAUCCAUGUGCUGGUUUUGGUACUCAGUGGUUGUUCCUACUUUGGCUUCGUGCUGCUCUUCAGUGUAUUCUGUUUGACCUGCAGCCCCCCCACCAACCCUGUGGGGGUGGAAACACACGAGAUGUCUCAGGCUCUUUUCUACAUAGUGUGUGCUUUCACCACUGUGAUGGCUCUGUUACCCAGGCUGUUGUUUCGAGCUCUGUACAACACCUUACACCCCUCUGCUGUUCUGAAAUCAGCUCAGAUGGACAAAGCGGAUUCAGAGAAGUACCGGAAGAGAAUGCAGGGCUGGAACCAAAGCCAGUCCCGAGUCAACAGACUGCCGGUGUGUGCCGACAACCCCGGCCUGGAGCAAAGCACAGCCUCAGUGGUGUCCUGACCUCCGUCUACACACAGCAAACAGACUCAUACCAGUGUCUGCUGUGGCAAGAAAAACAUGCUGGUGCAAUAUGUAUGAAAGCUGCACUACUCCACCUCCCAGCUGUUAAUGAGCUCUGCUGAAAGACUGCUGAUUUUGCUACAUAUCAACAGCCAAAGAACUCUAAUGUGACAGAUCUCUCUGCGUGGAAAGUAUGUUUGAACUUGACUGAAUGGUGAGUAUGUGUUUAAUAUCUCACUAGAAUAUUUAGGGGAACAGAAGCUGUGAAACACGACCAUCAUGUCACAUAUAUCAAGUCAAUAAUAUUUUUUAAAAGAGCCACAUGCAUGAUUUGAACAUCUGGGAAUGAUCAGCUCAUGGAUCAUUUGACAUUUGUAUUAAAGGAUGAGAGCGCUCUCUACUGGCCUGCAGUGUGUACCACAGUUAACACUGUGAGACGCCACACUGGAUUCACUAUCUACUUCAUUCACACUGUGAAACAAAAAGACCAAAUCACAUUUUAUUUCUCAUAUAUAGACAGGUUUUUAUUCAUUUUGUUUGUUAUAUUCCUCAUCAUCCUGCGCUGUAUAAUGACACUGAGAUGUUGUUAUUGGAAAAACAGUGACGAGGCAGAGCUCACUGUGUGCAUGUGAGAGGAAAUUAGUCAAAUCACUGUAUCACUUUUUUACUUUCAGAAGAGCAUGAGUGUCACUGUUGUAAUAUGGGAAGAAGAAUUGGGAUUUAGCAUAAUAGCUGUAGAAACUGAUUUAUUUUUA